AUAUCUUAAAAUAUUCCAAUCUUGAAAAACAAAAUAAAAAAUGAGCUGUGGAAUAUUGUUGAGUAUUAUUAAUUUGAAAAUAAAAUAUAAUUAAAUUUUGGUUUUCACUCUCUCUCUCUCUCUCUCUGCUUCACAAUUUCUCAACUUUGUUUUCAUUCAUUCCAUUCCAAUUUCCAUGUGCUCCAACACUUCUUGCACCUUCCCAUCUCAUUCCCUUCAUCUUCCACUAUGCCACUUCUUCUUUUCUCUGAUCGAGCUAUGAAGAACUUGCCUUAAAGAGCAUAGUUUUUUUUUGCUGUUCCUAGAUAAGCAAUGGUUACGGAAUCAUGGUUUCGUAGUCUGUGGAGGACUCCUCGGAAGCAUGAUGCUAAUUCUGAGAAGGAGGUGAUUGGGGUAUUAGCAUUUGAAAUAGCAAGCUUGAUGUCCAAGUUGGUUAAUUUAUGGCAAUCAUUGAGUGAUAAACAGAUUGUUAGGUUGAGAGAGGAGAUUGCAAAUUCAAUUGGCAUAAGAAAGCUUGUUUCAGACGAUGAUCAUUUCAUUGAACGAUUGAUUUGUAUGGAGAUAGUUGAAAAUAUGGCACAUGUAGCCGAGUCUGUGGCUAGGCUUGCAAAGAAAUGCAAUGAUCCAGUUUUGAAAGGUUUUGAAAACACCUUUUAUGGGUUUAUCACUACCGGUGUGGAUCCAUAUGGAUGGGAAUUCACUUGCAAAAAGAUGGAAAAAAAGAUUAAAAAGUUUGAAAAGUUUAUAUCAACUAAUGCGAGUUUGUAUCAAGAGAUGGAGGUGCUUACUGAUUUGGAGCAGACUCUUGCAAGAGUGAAGCCUAAUGGUGAGACAGAUGGUGUGAGUCUAAGUGAGUAUCAGAAGAAAGUUGCAUGGAAGAGGCACGAGGUGAAGAGCUUGCGGGACGCGUCUCUGUGGAACAAGACAUAUGAUUACACAAUAUAUCUUUUGGCAAGAUCUUUAUUCACAAUAUUCUGUAAGAUCAACCAUGUAUUCGGAAUUCAAGAGAUGGUAGAUGAUGGUGGAGCCAAUAACUCAAGUGUCUUAGAUAACGAUUUCAUUUCCAGAAGUCAAUCAGUUUCUGCAUUAUUUCAAUCUUCAUUCCAUCCAUCAUCACAGAAUAAUAUUGCCAGAUUUUCUUCAGGACCCCUUAACACUAUUACUGCUAGAUCUGGUCCAAUUGUUAGAACACAUAAAACCAGCAUUUCUCACUCAGGUCCAAUGGCUAGAACAAAUAAAACCAACAUUUCUCAUUCAGGUCCAAUGGCUAGAACAAAUAAAACCAGCAUUUCUCAUUCAGGUCCCCUUGGUGACUCAUCUACAAAGUCAGGCCCAAUUUUAGGAAAGCAUACAAAUGUCAAUUUUUACUCAGGUCCCCUUGGAAGGAACAUGAAUCAAUCGGUCCCACUUACUAGAACAAAAAAAUUGAGCAAGAUUUUGAACUUUUAUAAACACUCUGCCGCCAUAACUGGGAAGGAAACUCACACAAGACAUAAUCGAAUGACUCAAGUAGGACCUUUCAAAGGAUGUCUGGCUUGGGACAGUUCCUCUGUCAUUGACUGUCAUUCAAGUGCAAGUGGCGUUCAUUAUGGAGUUCAGAAUCCGAGAGAAGCUAAUUCAAACCUUCUUGGUCUUGGCAAAGUAGUUCAUCAUACUCAAUCGGUCUUCAAAUCCCUGUGCAAGCUAUUAAAUCCUCCACCUGAAACCCUUGGUGCUGCUGCUUUAUCCCUGCACUAUGCAAAUGUUAUCAUUGUGAUUGAGAAGCUAGCAGCUUCUCCACACUUGAUUGGUCUUGAUGCAAGAGAUGACCUGUACAACAUGUUACCAAGACGUGUGAGAAUUGCCCUCAAGGCCAAAUUAAAGCCUUUUACCAAGACCAUAGCAUCGUCAUCAGUCUAUGACCCGAGUCUAGCAGGGGAAUGGAACGAAGCGAUGUCAAGCAUAUUGGAAUGGUUGGCACCACUUGCUCAUAACAUGAUAAGAUGGCAAACUGAGAGGAGUUUUGAGCAGCAGAGCUUUGUUUCGCGAACGAAUGUGCUACUAGUACAAACCCUUUACUUUGCAAAUCAAGAAAAGACAGAAGAAAUAAUCACCGAGCUUCUUGUGGGUCUGAAUUAUGUCUGCAAAUAUGGCAGGGAGUUAAAUGCAAAAACUCUGGCAGAGUGUAGCAGUUUUCGGGUUGGCAAUGAAUAUCUUAAUCUGAAUAUAUAAACACUUUGGAAUAACUUAUGGCCAUUUCCCAGGGAGUCUGCUCUCAGCUCCUUGUCAAGGACUCGAAUGAGGACUUGAAACACCAACCGUCGUCUUCCUGAAUCAACAAAUGAAAUGGUACUUGAAGUAUGGGAGAAAUAACUACAUACUCAUUAUCAUGCAAAUUUAGUAUCACAUUGUGUUUCUAGUGAGGAUUUUUUUCUUCUUUUAUUUUUGAAUAUUUAUUGUUGAUUCUCUUUUGAUGAGUUUCAAGCUAUUAGAAGAGUUCCUCUUUGAAGAGUUCCUACAUGGUGUUUAGGGUGUGCAUAUCUAUGAGCAUCAUUAUAUGUUAAAUUGUAUAGUACGGUCACACGAUGAUUAUUGGUUAUUUCUCUAUAUCUUCCGAAUUGUCAGCCAAAAAAAUUGUCAUUCUAUAAAUAUCAACUAUUGUAAUCUCUCUUUUAUGGAAGAACUGCACUUUUUUUUUUUGG